UGUGUGUGUGCGGCACCGCCUGAACAGUGUAGUGAUAAAAGCCGCAUUUGCAGUAUAAUUUCUUGCAGUUCAUAUCGAACGGAAAGACGGGAAAACACCCUGUUUCAUCUUCUAACGUCCCAUCCUGCUCCAGUUUUCCGCAAAGAAUUUAAAGUACCAUGUCCAGACCAGCAGGGGGCGGUGUCAACGAUGUCAACCGCUUCCUCUACACCGGGGUGGGGCCAGCCUCCCCCAACGCCGUGUUCACCGCCGCCAGUCAAGCCGACUGGGCAGCCAAGCGGCUGGUCUGGGUGCCCUCGGAGAAGCACGGCUUUGAGGCGGCCAGCGUGCGGGAGGAGAGGGGAGACGAGGUGGAGGUGGAGCUGACGGACAGCAGCCGGCGGGUGACCCUGUCCCGAGAGGAGGUGCAGCGGAUGAACCCACCGCGCUUCAGCAAGGUGGAGGACAUGGCUGACCUCACCUGCCUGAACGAGGCCUCCGUCCUGCACAACCUGAGGGAGAGAUACUACUCUGGCCUCAUCUACACAUAUUCUGGAUUAUUUUGUGUGGUCAUCAACCCCUACAAGAACCUGCCCAUCUACACAGAGUCCAUUGUAGAGAUGUAUCGCGGGAAGAAACGCCAUGAAAUGCCGCCCCACAUAUACGCCAUCUCUGAGGUGGCAUACAGAAGCAUGCUGCAAGAUAGAGAGGAUCAGUCUAUUUUAUGCACAGGGGAGUCGGGGGCUGGGAAAACAGAAAACACAAAGAAGGUUAUCCAGUAUCUGGCCCACGUGGCUUCGUCCCAUAAAACAUCAAUGCCAGGGAGAAGCAAAGAAGCUUCCCUGCAGAGUGUGCAGUAUGGGGAGCUGGAGAGGCAGCUGCUGCAGGCCAACCCCAUACUGGAAGCCUUUGGGAACGCCAAGACAGUGAAGAAUGACAACUCCUCACGAUUUGGCAAAUUCAUCCGCAUCAAUUUUGACGUGGCCGGGUACAUCGUUGGCGCUAACAUCGAGACCUACCUCCUGGAGAAGUCCCGUGCCAUCCGUCAGGCGAAAGAUGAGAGAACCUUCCAUAUCUUCUACCAGCUGCUGUGUGGAGCUACCGAGGCCAUGAGAGCGGACCUGCUCCUGUCCGGUGCGGAUCACUACCGGUUCCUGAGUGGCGGCUCAAUCCCUGUGCCCGGUCAGAGUGAUGCAGACAACUUCACCCAAACCAUGGACUCCAUGACCAUCAUGGGAUUCUCUAAGGACGAGGCCCUCGCCAUGAUGAAGGUGAUCUCCUCGGUGCUGCAGUUCGGGAACAUCUCUUUCAACAAGGAGAAGAACACGGACCAGGCCUCCAUGCCCGAUGACACCGCGGCCCAGAAGCUGUGCCACCUCCUGGGCAUCAACGUGGUGGAGUUCAGCCGGGCCAUCCUCACGCCCAGGAUCAAAGUGGGGCGGGAGUACGUGCAGAAGGCCCAGACCAAAGAGCAGGCGGAUUUCGCGGUGGAGGCCCUGGCUAAAGCCACAUACGAGCGCCUGUUCCGCUGGCUGGUCCACCGGAUCAACCGGGCCCUGGACCGGCGCCAGAGACAGGGAGCGUCCUUCAUCGGCAUCCUGGACAUCGCCGGCUUCGAGAUCUUCCAGCUGAAUUCGUUUGAGCAGCUCUGCAUUAACUACACCAACGAGAAGCUGCAGCAACUCUUCAACCACACCAUGUUCAUCCUGGAGCAGGAGGAGUACCAGAGGGAGGGCAUCGAGUGGAACUUCAUCGACUUCGGCCUGGACCUGCAGCCCUGCAUAGACCUCAUAGAGCGGCCGGCCCACCCCCCCGGAGUUCUGGCCCUGCUGGACGAGGAGUGCUGGUUCCCUCGGGCCACUGACCGGUCCUUCGUGGACAAGCUGUCGGCAGAGCAGGGUACGCACACCAAAUUCCACCGACCCCGUCAGCUGCGAGAGGAAGCAGACUUCUCCAUCCAGCACUACGCCGGGAAGGUGGACUACAAGGCGAGCGAGUGGCUGGUGAAAAACAUGGAUCCCCUGAAUGAUAACGUGGCCUCCCUCCUCCACCAGUCCUCCGAUCCGUUCAUCGCUGAGUUGUGGAGGGAAGUGGAGAGGAUUGUGGGCCUGGAUCAGGUGGGGUCCACAGAAGGUUCCGGGCCUGUGAGCUUUGGGGCAGCAGGGCUGAAGACCAAGAAGGGCAUGUUCCGCACGGUGGGACAGCUGUACAAAGAGUCCCUCACCAAGCUAAUGGCCACCCUGAGGAACACCAACCCCAACUUCCUGCGGUGCAUCAUCCCCAACCACGAGAAGAGGUCAGGGAAGCUCACUCCACACCUGGUCCUGGAUCAGCUCAGGUGUAACGGGGUUCUGGAGGGCAUCCGGAUCUGCAGACAGGGCUUUCCCAACCGCAUCCCCUUCCAGGAGUUCAGACAGAGGUAUGAGAUCCUCACUCCCAAUGCCAUCCCUCGUACCUUUAUGGAUGGGAAACAAGCAUGUGAGCUUAUGAUCGGUGCCUUGGAGCUGGACCGGAAUCUGUUCAGAGUGGGUCAGAGCAAAGUGUUUUUCCGGGCCGGAGUUCUGGCCCAUUUGGAGGAGGAGAGGGACCUGAAGAUCACUGACACCAUCAUCCGUUUCCAGAGUGCCUCCAGGGGCUACCUGGCCAGGAGGUACGGAGUCAAACCACUGCUGCAGGUGACGCGGCAGGAUGAGGAGAUACAGGUCAGGGAGGCGGAGCUGCAGAAAGCUGCAGACAAGCUGACCAAAGUGGAGGAGGACUUCUCUGAGCUGGAGAAGAAACAUCAGCAGCUGUCAGAGGAGAAGGCAGUGCUGGCAGAUCAGCUGCAGGCAGAGGCAGAGCUCUUUGCUGAGGCAGAGGAGAUGAGGGCGAGGCUGGCCAAUAGAAAGCAGGAGCUGGAGGACGUGCUGGGCGAUCUCGAGGGCCGAUUGGAGGAAGAGGAGGAAAGAGGCGUGCAGCUGACCAAUGAGAAGAAACGACUGCAGCAAAAUGUGCAGGACCUGGAGGAGCAGCUAGAAGAGGAGGAGGGAGCCAGGCAGCGCCUCCUGCUGGAGAAGGUCUCCCUGGAGACAAAAGUGAAAAGUCUGGAGGCCGAGAAUCUGAACAUGAGUGAGCAACGGGACCGGCUCAGUAAGGAAAAGAAACAGUUCGAGGAGAGACUGAGUGAGCUGACUGACCAGUUGACUGAGGAAGAAGAGAAGGUGAAGAGUUUAAACAAGCUGAAGAACAAGCAGGAAGCAGUCCUCGCUGAUCUGGAUGAGCGUCUGAAGCGGGAGGAGCAGGGCCGGUUGGAGCAGGAGAAGUGGAGGCGCAGGAUGGAGGGGGAGGCGGUGGAUGCCCAGGAGCAGCUCUCUGACCUGAGCAUGAUGUCGGGCGAGCUGAGGGCCAGCCUGUCCCAGCGGGAGAAGGAGAUCACCAGCCUGCAGGGCCGACUGGAGGAGGAGGGGGCGAGGAGGACAGAGGCCCAGCGGUCCCUGAGGGAGGCCAUGUCUCAGGUCUCUGAGCUCAAGGAGGAGGUGGAGAAUGAGCGAGGCAUGAGGGAGAGAGCAGAGAAACAGCGGAGAGACCUUGGGGAAGAGCUGGAGGCUCUGAGGACAGAGCUGGAAGAUACACUGGAUACCACUGCCGCCCAGCAGGAGCUAAGGUCUCGUAGGGAGGCGGAGCUGGGAGAUCUGCAGCGCUGCGUGGAGGAGGAGACGCGGCGUCACGAGGCCCAGCUCUCCGAGCUCCGCGUGCGACACAGCGGCGCCAUCGACUCCCUGCAGGAGCAGCUGGACAACAGCAAGAGAGCGCGGCAGUCCCUGGAGAAGGCCAAGGCUGUGCUGGAGGAGGAGCGGUCCAGCCUGACCGGCGAGCUCAAGGCGCUGCAGGGCGCCAAAAUGGACAGCGAGAGGGGCAGGAAGCGGGCCGAGGGGCAGCUGCAGGAGCUCCACGCCCGGCUGACGCAGGCCGAGCGAGAGAGGGAGGAGAGGGAGGAGAAAGUGCACAAGCUGCAGUGCGAGAUAGAAUCAGUCUCUAGUAAUCUCUCCUCUGUCGACUCGAAAUCCCUUCGCCUCACUAAAGACGUCAGCAGCCUGGAGAGCCAACUGCAUGAUGCCCAGGACCUUCUGCAGGACGAGACGCGACAGAAGUUGGCCCUGGCGUCCCGCGUCCGGGCCUUGGAGGAGGAGAAGUCCGGGCUGCUGGAGAGACUGGAGGAGGAAGAAGAGAGAGUGAAGGAGCUGAGCAGACAGAUUCUGACUCACACUCAGCAGCUGGCGGAGCUGAGGCGGCAGUCGGAGGAGGUGAACUCGGCGGUGGAGGUGGGGGAGGAGGGCCGCAGGAAGCUGCAGCGGGAGCUGGAGACGGUGUCGCAGCGCGAGCGCACACGCGAGGAGGAGAAGGAGCGCGUGGAGAGGCAGAGGGAGCGGCUGAGGGAGGAGAUCGAGGACAUGACCCUCGCUCUGCAGCGCGAGAGGCAGAACUGCGCCGCUCUGGAGAAGAGGCAGAAGAAGUUUGACCAGUCUCUGGCGGAGGAGAAGGCGGUGAGUGCGCGUUUGGCGGACGAGCGGGACCGGGCGGAGGCGGAGAGCCGGGAGAAGGAGACGCGGGGCAUGUCCCUGACGCGUGCGCUUCAGGAGGCCACGGAGCAGAACCAGGAGCUGGAGCGCAUGAACAAGCAGCUCCGCCUCGACAUGGAGCAGCUGGUCAACGCUCAGGACGACGUGGGCAAGAAUGUUCAUGAGCUGGAGCGCACACGCCGCGCCCUGGAGACAGAGGCCCAGUCCCUGCGCACACAGACCCAGGAGCUGGAGGAGGAGCUGGCCGAGGCCGAGAACUCCCGUCUCAGGCUGGAGGUCACGCUGCAGGCCCUCAGGGCGCAGUUUGAGAGGGAGAUCAGUGCCAAGGAGGAGAAAGGGGAGGAGAAGAGGAGAGCGCUCAGCAAGCAGGUGCGGGAGCUGGAGGGCCUCCUGGAGGAGGAGAGGAGCCAGCGCGCUCAGGCCCUGACAGUCAAGAAGCAGCUGGAGGCGGAGCUCCAAGAAGCCGAGGCCCAGGUUGAGGCAGCCAAUCGGAGCAGGGAGGAAGGGUUUAAGCAGAUGAAGCGACUCCAGGCUCAGAUGAAGGAGCUGGUUCGGGAGCUGGAUGAGAACAAACUGUCUCGCGACGAGGUGGUGGCCCAGUCCAAGGACAGCGAGAAGCGUCUGCAGACCCUGGAGGCGGAGCUUCUGCAGCUGACUGAGGAACUGGCCAUCGCGGAGAGGCAGAGGAGACAGGCUCAACAGGAGCGGGACGAAAUGGCAGACGAAAUGGUCAACAACUCCACCGGGAAGUCUGCGCUGUGCGAGGAGAAGAGGAGGCUGGAGGCACGCGUGGCCCAACUGGAGGAGGAGCUGGAGGAGGAGCAGGGCAACGCGGAGAUGAUGGCAGAGAGACAGAGGAAGGCCAUCCUGCAGGUGGAGACGCUGUCGGUGCAGCUGGGCGGCGAGCGGACGCUGGCCCAGAAGAGCGAGGGGGCGCGGGAGAGCCUGGACAGGCAGAACAAGGAGCUGAAGGCGCGGCUGGCCGAGCUGGAGGGGGCCAUGAAGGGGAAACACCGGCUCAGCGUCGCCGCCCUGGAAGCCAAGAUAGAGGCCAUGGAGGAGCAGCUGGAGCAGGAGAGACAGGAGCGAGGGAUCGCCAACAAGCUGGUGCGGAAGACGGAGAAGAAGCUGAAGGAGGUGGUCAUGCAGGCGGAGGACGAGAGGAGGCACGCCGACCAGUACCGAGAGCAGCUGGAGAAGUCCAUGGGCCGUCUGCGGCAGCUGAAGAGGCAGCUGGAGGAGGUGGAGGAGGAGAACUCCCGCUCCAACGCCCAGCGCCGCAAGCUGCAGCGCGAGCUGGAGGAGAUGACGGACAGCGGCCAGACCAUGAACCGGGAGAUCACCGCCCUGCGCAGCCAGCUCAGACGCGCUCCUCUUCCUCUCUCGCUGCGCUCCACACGUCGCCCCCUGGUGGACGACUUGUCUCUGGAGAAUUCUGAUUCAGAGGAGCCCCCCACCUCCCCGUCCCCGUCCCCCGGACCCCCCGGGACCCCGACUCCCUCCGAACACCAACUGGGCCCCCCGCCUCCUUAUAGCCUGACGGACACUGAAUGAGAGGAGAGGGGGUGGCAUCCACAGACUGACUGACUUGACAUACACCACGCUGCUUUAGCACACUACUGACCUGGUGGUGGGACCUACAGUGCACUAACACUGCGCCAAAAUGGAGACAAGAGCAUUUACAGAUUAUGGAUAUGGAGUGCGCUCAGUAGAAUCUAGACUGACUGGACAUGAACUUUAGUCAACACUGCAAUGAGAGAGUUGGUAUGAACAGCAAAUCAUAAAAGGAAAAAAAAACUGCAGUUCCCAGUGCAUCUUGGGAGGCCUAAUUAUAUCAGCAUUGCCGUCUUUAUUGUAUCCUGCUUGAAAUGACAGUACCUCAAUGGCUUCUUCUACCUAAGCGCUCUUUGAAUUCAAAGCCAUUUCUGGUAAGGCAUUUUGCAUGGGCUUAUAGGACAAAAACGCAAGGUGACAGAAACACAGGCAACUGCUAAAGAUUGACAUAACUUCUAGCCAUUUGUACAUAUAUAUCUAUAUAUAGAUAGACUUCCAUUGACUCUGCUAGUAUGAAACAUAUCAUAGCUGCUCUAUGGUAUGAUAUAAAUAAGCUUUGGUAGCUUCUGAAUUUCUGGUUUCUCUCUCUUGCUCUUUCCCUCUAUGAUUAUGUGAAUGUUCAAGUCAUUUCACAUCUUUGAAGAGUCUGAACAGUUUGAUGUUGACAAUACCAACUGUACACCGUUUUCAAGCAAGUUACAUUAGCUUGUGAAAGUAUUUUCUUUCCCACACAAUUGAUAUGGAUCACAUUUGUAACCAAAAAUAAAUGUUGGGAAAUGGCAUGAGAGAGAGAAAAGGAAAAUGGAGGGUUAACCGUGCUAGUAUGUGUACGCAAAUCUGAAUAUGACUAUUGAUAACUAUUAUUGAACUAAUAUGAAUAGAGCCUGUAUGGUGUAGUCUGAAAAGUCAGAGAAGUGAAUGUGCCAGCACUCGCACUUCCCAAGAUAAUGGGUCAUUAUGUAUCCCCCGUCACGCGGGAUGCCAGUGAUGGACUGGCUUAUGGAGGUAACAUUGACAUUAUUUCACCCUGGUGGAAAUUUCACCUACCAGGCUAAGAGGGAAUCUAGCUGGAACCAGCUUCUGCUCUGGUUGAAUACCAUCUGGAAUUUGGUGAUGGUAUGUUGUCUGUACCAAGCUGGCCCAACGGCUAGACAUGGUCUUGCUAGGAUGGUUAUCGCAACGAUGGUGUGCUAGCUUGACCAUCUCCAAACCGGCUGGACGAGCUUUAAGCCCAGGUGGAAUUUUCCCCAGGGUAGCUGCAUUGACAUUAUUUUCAUGGCUAAAUACAUUCUUGAUGUAGCGCAGCAUUCUUUGUCCAGCUUACGAUUAUCUAAUUUGCUAGCUAGAUUGUUACUCUAAAUAGGUAGUCUGCAUAGUAGGUAGGUAGAUAGGUAGGUAGGUAACUCGACAUUCUAUAACUUCAAUUACCAUUUGAUUUCAUGUAAUUUAUGUCAAUCCAAAUAUGCUCAUAAUCCAAUUUUAUUUAUUGACUUUUUAUAUGAUUUAUGUCUUUAUGAACAUAUCAGAUGUUGGGAUAGAUGGGUAAUGGUGAAGACGGUGGUUCUGGAGCCACAUCCCCUGCAAUCUGCCUGCGUCUCCCCUGGUCUCUUUCCUACCAGCUUACACCCUUGACCUCACUCUAACACUAAACUGUGCUCACAGCCUUUGUUUGGCCUAGCUCAAUGAUCUCAGCACUGCUGCUGGCUUGAUGUUCUUUGAGUUUAUCUACUUGAAGUAUCAAAUGUUGUGAACUGAAAAACAAUGUUUAACUGGGAGGCAGUGUGUAUGUGCGGCAGAAUUAAACGCAUUAUGGUACACUACAGGACUACAGCUGAGAAACCUCACGCGACAGGAUGUAACAUUUCUCCAACCGGAAUGCUUGAGAGAUUGUUAAAUGAUUGGUACUGAUUUAGAAGGGACAAACUGGAGCCUAAGAUUUUGAACUGUUUAUUAAUAGUCUUAAUGCAGAAUGGGGGCAAAACGAGAGACCUGGUCAUUUUGUGUCCUUGUCAUUCUCAUUAAAGCCACUACUGCAAUCAUAAUCGGGAAUAUCAUUAUUGUUUUUAAGCAAUAGACGUAUUUCACCAUGUGCUUUUUUACUGAACGGUGUAAAAUAUUUAUGUAUGAAAGCUUUUUGUGUUUUACCAAAUGUAUGGUGUGGAUAAGCAUAUAGAGAGGGAUCAGAGUGGAUCUAACCAGUCAUAGAAAAGUAAAGCAAUGUCAAGGUACUCACAAAGUAGUGCUUUUUUGAAGAGCAAACUUUUACUUUAUACUUUUACAAGUAUAGUACCUAAUAUAGCAUGUCAAAACCUUCCAAGAACUUCAUGUUAGGCCUUCCCAGAAUAUCAUGGUAGAAGGCAAAAAAAGUGACGAUACAGGUGAUGAGUUGACUAAGUGCAAAUGUAUGGGUUUACCAUGCAGUAAGACAACACUGAAUGGACAGACAGGCACUUCAAAACUACUGAGGAGGCUGUUAUUUGCCCUUCUAUCCCAGUGAACUAAAACAUGUGGAAUGUCUUACCUCACUUCCUGCUUAGAAUAUACUAUAUUCUACAUCAUGUUUCUAGAGAUCAUUCAUUUUCAUUUUUUGUCUCAAACUCUGUUCUGUUUUAUUUUAGUUUAUCCUGUCGUAUCACAGAAAUAUUUGUAUGGUUUAAAUGUCCUCUCCAGCACCAGAUACAGAAGGCCUGGUACAGAAUGUGUUUGUGACGGAGAUUCACUGGUUCUUGUUAGAAGGCUACUGAUGCAGCACAGAGUACUACUGCAUUCUCUUUAUGAUGGUGCAUCCACACCAUCAGCACUGAGACUGGUAAUCAGGGUCAUUUAACUUUGAUCUCAUCUCUAAAAAAAACUAACUGUCUUUUUCUCCUUAUAAUGAUGGAAAGGGAGAAAAUUGGGGGACUUAAAUGGAUGGAUCGUCUGUUUUUCAAGGCUGAUAAAGUGCAUUAUUCAUGACAUGACUUUCCACUGAAAUUACUGUACAAAGACAGUGCUUCUCUGUAUUAUUAUCUGUCUUCCCAUAUGUUCAACCUAUUUGCAAACUCUCUGCCAUUUUAUUGUUCAUUGUGGUUCUCUGUUAAGCUUCACUUUAUUGCUGCAAUAAACAUUACUUUAGCGGUGGGUUUGGAUGCAGAGAUCGACCAGUAAAAUAUGUGAGUUUUAUUUAUGUUGUUUUCUGUUUCCAGUUGGCAACUUCAGUUUAUCUUGAUGAUGCAGUAUUUCAAUUGAAGUUUUAAAAGUAUCUCCAAAAAUGAGGUUUUGAGAGACUUGAAAAGGUGAUAGGAGGAUAGAUCAAAUGUAGUACCCUGCACUUUACAUGUCCAGCCACUAGAGGGCAACAAACCUUUGGCUAAGCUUAUUGAAUCACUAUAGAAACGCAUUAGCUCUUUGGAUGCACUGGCUCUCAGCCCUGGUCCCUGAGUCAUUCAUGUGUAAUCAGAUUUUUUUUAUUGUUAGGAGUCCUCAUGUACUUCACUCAGCCCUGAAUUCACUUCCAGAUAAAAAUAAAUCUGCGCGUGAGUCAAUGUUGAAUUCCCCUUUGUUCUGCAUCAGUGCUUGAUAUUUAUGCUUUGGAUAGAGCGGGUUCAAUGAAGGGCAAUCCUCGACACACAAUGAACCCCCACACCCUCCCCCCCCCCCCCACACCCUCCCCCAAGUCGGACCAGGGUCAGUGAGCCAGCCAACUGGUAUCUCUGUAUCUGUAGCAAGAUUGGUGCUUUUUAAAAAUGUGUUAUUUGUUUUGCUUCUGUGGAACUUGAAUUUUAAAAUAUUUUAUUUUUUCUUUGUUUGUUUGCUGUUAAUAUGAAUCAUAUCUGACUGGAGGUGAAUUUUAAUAUAUGUUGUUGGUUUGGAAA